CGCGCGCCAAAUAAUUAAAAAGGAAAUUGGUUUGUGCUGGAUUUUAUGAGCGUGGUCUGUAAAACCGUUGGUGAUUGAUUAUUCAGAUCAAGAAUUGUGAAUCCAGAACACAUAAUCUCAAUUAGUGAUCGAUUCAAUUAGAGCAGAGUAAUGGUGAAAGCUGUGGUUGGAGAUGAAACCCAACUCAAUUUAGUCCAGAAUCGUCUCAGCCAAUCGGGUCUCACCUCUCAGGUGGGUCUGGUAAUAGGAAAGCUCAGCUCCGCAUUAGACCGUGGUUUCGUCUACGAUUUAGUCCCUACACCAUCAAAUGACGCCGGAGAGCCAGCUUGUUCGAUUAUCGAUACUUUCAAAGAUGACAAGAAAAAGGGUUCCUCAAAAUCAAAGUCACAGAUUGCUGAUUCUUCCACUUUGGCCAUUGAUAAAGAUUGGGUCUCUGAGCACGCUCGUCAGGUCUCGAGAAUGUUGUUGGGUGGCAUGAAGGUCAUUGGCAUUUAUGUAUGGGUUAGCGAUGCCUCGUUCAAGAAUUCUACUAUCACUCUCAGCCAGCUUUUGCAGACAGUAAAAGGAGUUGCAGAAGCUGCACCCAUAUCAGCGACUGAUUGGGAUGAGAGGUUGCUUAUUCAUAUAUGCUAUAGCCCCAUGAGGUGGACGUGUCGGAAUUGUGUAUUAGCUUCAAACAUUACAGCAAGCAGCAUACGGCCUUGUGACUUUAAAAUGGGGAGAGUUUUAAGUUCUCUUCGGACAUUUAGGUGCACAUACAACUUUGAACUGAGUCUGCCCAUAUGUCGAGAAAAUGCGUCAAAUUCCUCAAUGCUGAGUGCUAUUCUCCAUCAUGGAAUCUCAAUUCAUGCAAAAGUGCUAAACAGUGCAAGGGCAUUAAUUGAUGGAAAUUUGGUUGUUAAUGAAGAAUCAAGUGUCACUGAGGGUUUGCAUGAAGUUGAAUUGCUUCUGCCAUUCAUGAAGAAUACAUUAGGUGAAGCAUGCAGCAACAAGGAUGUUAUUGGUGUUCUUAUGUUCAGUGGGUCUGUAUGCUCUUUUGCAUACUCAAAUUCAAAAGAAUCAAUUUCUCAGGCUGUGGCUGAUAUAAAGGAUGAUAUCAUAAGGAGUCUACAAAGCAGACUGGAUAUCAUCUGCGAUCAAGCUGAUGAAGAUCUGGGUCCAAUGGAUAAUGAUGUUCAGGAUGCAAGCCAAGGAAAAACACCUGAGAAGCCUGUCUCUAGACUUGUCCUGCGCUUAUUGAGGGAUACAUGCAGCCUUGCAUUCCCACGGAGAGUAUUUAUUCCUUGGUCAGGUGGUACAUUUAUAUGUGACUACUUACAACCAUCUGAGAGACUUGAGGUCCUAAAAGAUCAUUGUGUGGAGUUGAUGUCCAUGGAAGUCCCAACUGAUACCUCAACAAUUCUCCAACCAGAGGCAGAAGCCCCAUCACUAAUUGCUAAAUCUUUUUGGGAUGUAGCAGUUCCAGGCCAGCCUGCUUCAACCUCUUCCUUAGAGAAGAGUAAAAAAAUGAACACAAAUGGUGUGGUUGGUGGCGGGAAAUCUGCCAAGUCCUUCAACUUCAACAUUUUGGCUGCAGUUUUCUUCCUUCUUCUUUCUAUCUUGGUGGGAUUUAUACUUGUCGGGCAAUCAUAGUCGGAGUGGAUUUUGGCCUAUAAAAUCACAUGGUUUAAUUGUAUUGAUUCUUUCUUUCUUUUUUGUCUUUUGCUUUUAUUCUUCAUAAGCAUAUGGAACUUUGUCUGCGUGUUAGGUGGUGUCCUGCUGAAUAUUGGCAUAUAGAAGGUCCUUUGGGAAAGAAAAAAAAUGUGACAUUUCCAAUAUAAAAAUUUUCGUGUUUGAAUUAAUACAAUUUGCAUUAUGUUACGUGAUGAA